AGCCGUUUUGGCUCAAGAUGCCAGAUGCCAGGGCCUCGAAGGAACCGAGUGGAUGCCGCUGGUCCGCUGCUAGGCCCAAGGGGUUGCAUCGCACCGCUGCGCCAGCCUGCCCGGGCGUCACAGCACCCUGGCCCCGCAAGCUUGAGCGGGCGUUUGCAAGGGCUCCCUCGAGGGCGCGAAGUUAUUCGCGCUUCGCGCUUCGCGGUCCUCGUUCCUUCUCCCCCUCCUCCUCGUCCUCCUUUUCUCCCUUUGGGAGGGCGGCGCGAGAGCGCGAAGUUAUUCGCGCUUCGCGCUUCGCGCAGCGCGAAGCGCGAAGUUGGGAGCCCUAGGUUUGGGAGUGCCAGUGCCGAGCGACUCGCAGCGGGGCCGGCAGGCUCCGCUGCCGUUGCGGCACUCCCGCGGCGGCCCCCAUCAGGCAUCGUGCGUUGGAGAGGUAAACAACAAACAUCAGAGCGUGAGUUACCUACCCCGCUUUCGCUUCCAGGCAAAACCAAGCCAUACCACGCGCCUCCUCGUCAAGCGGCCUGACCAGUACAGGCUGCAGUUUGGCAUCGUUUGGUAUCUCUUGGAAGCGAGGGUGGUCAAAAGCGAGGUAGGGUUGUUUUCCCCCUAAAAUACUUGGCCGACAUUGCUUCUGCUGGAAAGAAACGUGGUGGCAGAGGAGGGGGCCAAGGUGGCUCAGGUGGUUGGUCGCCAUCGAGUGCUGCCCCCACUGCCAUGCAUAAUCAACUCAAUGACCUUGUGCAGGCACUUGGUCGUGGAGAGCUUUCUGGGAGCCAGAGUGGCAUGGCACCUGCCAAGGCGCCGUCGGAGGCACCCUGGGCGAAGGACGCUGCUGAGCUCAAUGCCAGCAAGGCUGCGCUCGACCCUGAAAUCGGUGAAGGUGAAAAGGCGAACGUACCUUUGCAAGCCUCCGACUCUGAAUCGCUUCAGAAAGUCCCUGCUGGGGAAGAUUUCGAAGAUCUGCGACAACCUCUCAAAGACAAGGUGGCCCAGCUGCGUGACAUUCUUGAAGGCCUCUGCAAUCCCACGUCUGCCCAUCGGCGUGCUUCUCACGAGUUGUCCAUGGCGCGUACGGAGCAUCAGCAAACAGGAGACCGAGGCAGCCGAGGCCAGGCGCCCACUGUCGAGUUCGACAGCUUGGAGGAGUUCGAGGCCAAUUAUGCAGGGUUGCACGACUUCCUCGGUAGUGUGGCCUGGCAGGGGAUGUUGUCGUCGAUGCGCGUCAAAGGGAAGCCUGCUGCUGCUUCUGGCGGUGCUGCUGGUGAUGCUAAAACGAUGAGCCCAUGUGUGAAGGCGCCGCCGACCUGGGGCAGAAGGAUCUGCUCAAGAUAUACGUGACUUUGCAGAGCUUGAUGAAGAGCAACAUCGAAUGCUACAUGCUGCAAAUGACUUCGACGCGUUCCAGGACAACAUUGGUAAGCUCAGCGUCAUAUGGCAGAAGUGUUCCCGACGAAGAGGCCGCGCCAUGGCGCGCAGGGUGGCGAGAUCCGCCCGACCCCUCGGUGCUCCGCGGCGCCCAGCACCGCUUGCUGUCUGCGCCCGACAGCAGAGCUCAGGGCGCCGCCGAGCAGGGCGGCGAUGCGCGCGGAGCUUUGCCGCCUCAUGCAUCGCCUCGGGUGAGAGGGUUUCGACCAGGAUUGACCAUUGCCGAGGCCGUCUGUUGGUCUUAUUCUCUAACAGUCAUGGGAUUGAAAUCCGCAAGGGCUUCGCUCCCUGACGCCGGCGCUCGGCUUGCGAUGCCAAGUGGCCCGAAGCUCGAGCGCAGGACGCUGGGUGUCUCGUGACCGGUGUGCGAGUGCGGGCAAAGGGAUGCCCGUUGUCGCCGCCGGUGGACUUGCGCGAGGCCAGAUGCGAAGGCUGCUCGCGAUGCUCUCGCUCCGCCGACUCCCAUCCUUCAAGCGACCGCUGGGAGCUCAGAGUCCAUUUUCGCGCGCGGACUUCUCUCGUGUCUGUAUUCAGAUCUCCAGCUGCCGUGCACGAGCGCAGGUUGCCGCGUGUCUGAUGGGGGGGGAGAGGCUGGACCUCGAGCCCGAGGAACUGCCAUUCCGCACUGCGGGAGCCGAGUGCCUCGAGCCGGCGGCGGACAGGCCUCGCGCCGAGCAGACCCUUUUUCGCCGUUGCGGCCGCUGCUUUUUUUUGCAGCCCGAGUCGAAUCGUUCAGCUGCCGUCGUGCGAGGGGCGGUCUUGGGGCCCCUGCCCCAAGCUCCUGCCUCAGCCGAGCAUUGUUCAGGAGGGUAUUUCGAACGACACCCGUUUCGGCAGUUGCUCCCGGACAAGACAUGUGCAAAGGGCUCGUAAGUUUGCGUUUGUGCUUGGAGUGCCCAGUGUCUACUGGCCUUUUUACGCAGAAGCUCGCAGUAGCGUUGACAAGCUGGACCAGCUGCGAGGCGAUGGGUAUUGCCAUGGGCAGGCCAACAAAGCUGUAGAUACUCGUGCGAAGCUAUCUUUUUUAUCUCUCCCUCUCUCUCUCGAUGCAUCCCGCAGUGGACCCCGCAUUGUUGUCGGCGAUAAGAUUUCCGCAGGCUCGUGCAGCCGGUUCUGGUCGUGGUGCGUGUGAGGCGCUGCCGUUUUUAAGAGUGAGGGGCGGUGGCAGCGAACUCGCAUCAAAUCUCGAAUUCAGCCCCGCCGAAAGAAGAUCUGGCACCUGUGGAAUCGCACAGAGUUCGGGAUGCAAUGUGCUAGCUGUCUGAUUGCUUGUGAGUCGGAAAAUCGUCCACUGAUCCGAA